GUUCGGCAAUGGCGGAGUCCCACCACUAGUUUAUGCGACCGACGUGUCAAGUAAUGGGACCUUUCUUACGAAGUAUAAUGCAGCAUACGCGAACUCGCGAGCCAGUCAAUCCGUUCUGAUGACUCGCAAGCACGGCGCAUUCUUGCUCGACGACAGAGACGAGCUUCGCAUUUCCGAAUCAGUCAUACUGGUCUAUCAUGAUAUGGAGCCCAACUCCAGUUUCUCACUGACUCCCACUCAGAAGGAUGAGGUGCCAAGAUUCGCGUUACGUUACUCGAUUACCCGCCGCCUUCUUGGUAAAGGUGGGUUCGGGAAGGUCGUAGUUGCGAUCCACCAGAAGUCACAGCGACAACUGGCUUGCAAAGUGAUAAACUUGAAAGAGUUCUAUCCAGAAGAAGUCAUGCAUGAUCUGCGACUACCUACCUGCGAGGAGACCCAACCAAGUAUUGCGUGUGGGUCCAGGAAGCGCUGGCCAAGCAAGGUCACUCGAUGUUUUCGCGAAUUUCGAAUUCUCGAAGACCUAUCCCACCCGAACAUUAUCAGCGUCGAAAAAGUCUUUUGGAGUCCGAACACCAUCUACCUGUUCCAAGAAUUGAUCAGUGGAGGGGAUCUGUUCUCGUAUAUGGAGCGGAAAGGGGGCGCAUUGAACUCCAUCGACGCGGCUGUAAUUGUUCUCCAGAUCCUCAAGGCGGUCAAUUAUCUGCAUGAUCGCGACAUCGUUCAUCGGGAUCUCAAACCAGACAACAUACUCCUGACGUAUCCCGAAGACGGAGCACGUAUCGUCAUUACUGACUUCGGGAAUGCCAGAGUUCUGCCAAAGUCGACUGGAAAUGACCGCCGACGCAUGUUUACCAAGACUGGAACCAUCGAAUAUAUUGCACCUGAAAUCUAUGAAAUGAACAAGACAUGCCCAAAGGGCUCGGGAUACUCUAAAGCAGUAGAUAUGUGGUCGAUCGGCGUGAUCACAGCAAAUCUACUGUCCAACGAAGCUCUCUUCGGUGCUCCUUGUUAUGAGCCGGAACCUCACAAUUACACUCUAAAGCUUGCGGCCAAAUGCGAUCUCAGCGUUAUCGAUAAUGAUGACCACCCUGCCUGGAGUAAAGUGAGCGACAAACCGAAAGAAUUUGUCAAGAAACUGCUCAUGCUACGGGAGACAGAUCGAAUGACGGUGAAGCAGGCGCUUGCGCAUCGCUGGUUCACGAAUCCUUAUCUGGCCGAAGAGUUCGAAGCUUUGUACGCGCGCUCCAUAAGGGAUUGGCAGCCUAGACGUAAGGUUUCCAAGCUCGUCGAGCCUAUUGCCGCGCCAACUCCGAACCUAGGACUAGGUUCCCAGAUACAUUCUCAUUACUUUCAACAGCCCUCCCUUCCGGUUUCUCUCCGGGAGGUUCGAGAGCGCUUUACGGGAUCGCAAGACUGGAACUUGAGCGUUGUAUACCCUCCUUCUGAGGGAGAGUCUGUCAAAGCAGAGCACGAAGAGGCUCAGUACGAGGGACCCAGCCGUUACGAACAGUACUCCUUCGAGCUCGGCACACGAUCUGGCCACGAGCACGCAAGUAAAUCAUUCAACAACUCGAUGAAUCAGCUUUCGCUCGAUCCCGACCCCUCAGCGUCAGGAUAACACAAUGGAUUCUCUCAUCACUUUCGGAAUAACGCUGCAGAACCACGAUAGUCCUUUUGAUUCGUCGGUGCCAUACCCGCCCCUCACUCAACAACAUUCGCCGAAUACUGAUGGGCAGAAGCAAAGCUUGUCUCCAAGUCCAAGCAGCUCUAUCGUCUACGAGACUCCCAUUCGCGACUCACACUUGCAAGGCCUAGCAUGUUACCAGGAAAUUUUCAGCA